UUGUGCGCGCGCGUUCGUCCGGUAUUUUUAUCUGAUCGAAGGCUAGACGAAGUACGCGAGCGGUUGAGUCAGAUCACGACCAGACAACCAGACGACACACUGCUGAGUAGCUGGUACAGAAAACGAAAGCCUGGCGUCGCUGGGACGUUAAUUUCCGCCGGCUACGGGAUGGGUGCUUGUAGCGUGAUCGGCUGCCGCAAUCGAACUGGCUUUUCUUCGGCGGGGGUUACCUUUCAUCGAUUUCCAACGGUCGCCGAACUGCGGCAACGGUGGAUUUCGGCCGUUGGUCGCAGCGGUGGCUGGACCCCAUCGAAGUGGAGCGUGGUGUGCUCCGUACACUUCCAUCCUGCGGACCGCUACAGAAGCAUUUCAGGUCGUUGUCGCCCGAAAGGCAAUGCCGUCCCAUCCAUGGCUUUGCCUGUCCAGAACACUGCAUCAGUCACCGUCGACGAUGGAAAUGACUGCCACCGGCUGGGCGUGUGCGUGGAUGUUGCAGAGGAAGUGGAAGUGGUUGCAGAUGAGCCAACAGAGGCCAGCUACAGUGAACCGGAAGAAGUGGAAAUUCUUGGACAUGAGACUGCCUCAGUUCUUUUCUCCAAGCCCAGUGCAGCAGCCACUGAUGUUUCUAAGCCAUCGACAAGUUCUGACAUGGCAGCGUCUACCACAUUGAGAGAUGCUCCUGAGGGCGAACCCACAGCAACAGAGGUUGUGGUUGAACCAACAGACUCCAGUUACAUCGAACUGGAAGUGGAAAUUCGUGAAGAUGAGACGGGCCUGGCUGAGCUGGGAGCACAACGCCCACUAAGAGACACUCCGGAUAAUGAAUACUCCAAGACAGAGGCUCAGCCUGCUGACGACACUUCCGAAGAGGCCUUCUUGCGGAAAGAGCUUACACGCUACCGCAACCUUCAGACAGCCAGCAAGAAGAAAAUCAAAACACUUCAGCAGUCUGAGCGACGCCUCAAAAAGAAGCUAGCCAGGAUGCAGGAUCUCCUUGACAAUCUUACCAAGAGUUGCAUCUGGACUGAUGAGAAUGUUUGGAUACUUGAGAGCCUCGGUAAAGCCAACAAGGACCUGCUGAGACGUCGAGUUGCAAAGAAAACUGGGGCACCUCAGGCGGUCACGUAUUCACCAGAACUGCAGGCGUCUGCAUCAAGUGCAACUCGACCCCAAGAGUCGAGACCUCACAGCGUUCAUCACGCGUGAGGGUUUCUUCACUUCAAGCAGGUUUGUUUCGGCCUGGCCUCCGCGCCGGCUGCAUUCCAGCAAGCCAUGUCUAAAAUCCUUAAGGACUGCCCCGGUAUACAGUUCUUCCUGGACGACGUGAUCGUCUACGGGUCGUCACCUCAAGAACAUCACGCACACCUGCGUGCCGUCCUCCAAAGGAUCAAGUCUGCUAGAAUGAGGUUGAACCGAAAGGUGGUUUUCCGAGUCUCAACAUUGUCUUUCUUUGGCCAUAGCCUAUCCGCAGAAGGCGUAGUGCCCCUUACGUCCAAGAUAGAAACAGUUUUGAAUUUUCCUACACCGUCCGAUACGACGGAACUCGAGGCAUUCCUCGGUUUAGUGGAAUAUUACAGCAAGUUCAUUCCACACUGCGCGACAGUGAUCGAACCGAUGCGUCGUGUGUUGCACAAGGGCAGCUCUUUUUCCUAGAUGCCUGGCGUUGAAAGAACCUUUCACAAGGUCAAGACUGCUCUUCAAGAGGCACCCAUCCUGACGAUGUUUGAAAGGACGUUGCCAGUCUUCGUGUUGACAGCCGCUUCGAGCUACGGCCUCGGAGCAGUUCUGCAACAACAGCACGGGCUGAAGCUCAAGACUGUGGUCUUCGCAAGCCGUUCCUUGACAGACACCGAGCGGAGAUACUUUGUGGGAGAGGUGGAUGGGUGGAUGAGUUGCUGUUUCAAGCAGAAAAGAUUGUUGUGCGGACAAGUCUACGUGACCAGGUCAUCGAGAUAGCUCCUGAAACUCAUCAAGGGAUCACGAGGACCACAGGCCUCACCAAAGAGCUUUACUGGUGGCCUCAAGUAUCUCUCUACAUCAAGCAGUAUGUACAACAUUACACAAUAUGUCAGUCUACAGACAAACCUGCAAAGACAUACCGAGCACCAUUACAGCCCGUUGACUUUCCAUCUCGUCCUUAAACAGAAUUAGGCAUGGACAUCGUCGAUUCGUUUGAGCGCGCUUCGCGCAACAAACAUUUUUUUUUAAAUAAUUCUUGUGGAUUAUCACAGCAAGUGGCCGGAGGUCAUGAGUGUCCACAAUGUCACGUCUGCGUCUAUAAAGCGCGAGAUACAUGGACGGCAGAAUCGUCCAAUCCGACAGUCCGAACGCCGCUCCGAAUCGCCACACGCGACAGUUUGAGACACAUGCUUCCGACCUUGCAUGCGACAC